GCAUGCGCAGUUUGGAGAGCACGCUCUGCGGCCGCCAUUUUGCUCAGACGUCGCAGGUAGUGAGUGAGGAGCCGAGACGUUCACGGUGACCGGGCCCAUGGUUCUAGUACAAACGUUAUAACCCACAAACUGCUGCCAGACAUAUCAUACAGGUAUAAUUUCUUUUGACCCGAAAAUGUCACUAAUCAUCCGGCUGCAGGGUCUUUCUGCUGUAGCAGAUUCUUUUGACAUUCGGCAGUUCUUUUGCGGAUUGAAUAUUCCCAGAGGAGGCGUGUACAUCACCGGUGGAAAAUACGGUGAGGCUUAUAUUGUAUUUGCAACUUACGAAGAUGCUCGGUACGCCUUGGGCCUGUCAGGCCGUCCUCUUAAGGAUUCAUAUGUCCGCCUCACGUACAGCAAUGAAGAGGAAAUGAGACGUGCGUUGGAGCUGUACCAAAUAGGUCUAAAGCCAUCAUUGGGUGCUUCAAAUCAUCCAGAGGUUAAUUCAAGAGGUCUUGGGAGACCAACAUUUUCAUAUAUAUACAUACAUGGGAUGCCAAUCAAAGUCACAAAAGUGGAAUUACGAGAGUUUUUUAGAGGACUCCUCGUGGAAGAUGUCUUGUUUUUGAAAUUUGUAAAUGGAGUUAGGAAUGGAAAUGCCAUUGUCAAGUUUGGAAGAAGCACUGAUGCUACUGAAGGGCUGAAACUCCACAAUCUGGCCCUUUGUGGUUCACCAGUGACUCUCAAGCUUUCUAGUGAGCUUGAAUGGGCCAAACAUGGUGGAGAAAAUUCUGCAAAGAGGCAACGGUCUCCUCCUCCACGUUUCGCUAGCUAUGCAAGGCGACGGACCAGGACCAGGUCAAGGUCCAGGUCCAGGUCAAGGUCCAGAACACCAGUACAUAGAAGACGACGACGUGGAUCACCUUAUGUGCGUGAAUACUUUGUGCAUCUUAUUAAUUUGAGUUACAGAGCUGAGAAAAAAGAUAUCAAGAGGUUCUUUUUUGAUCUUGACAUGAAAGACUCUCACAUUAACUUCCUAGUUGACAAAGAAGGUAAAAGGACAAGAGAAGGUUUUGCUAUGUUCACUACCGAAAAGGAUUAUAGAAGAGCGCUCAGCCUGAACAAGGAAACCUUCAAGGGCCACAGUGUAAAUAUAUUACCGAUCUCCAAAAGGGAUAUGCUGGGACUGAUUGAUCGUAUGAAAGUCAGAGUUUGUAAAGAUCGCUCAGAUAGGAAAAAGUCUCCAAGUCGGUCCUCUAAAGAACAGAAGUAUUUAUAUCUGCGAAAUUUUCCAUUUAACAUCACCAAAGCUGACGUUCAGAAAUUCUUUACUGAGCAAACUUUGAAAGAGGAUGACAUUACUCUGUUACUUGACAGUAAAGGCGUCGGGCUUGGGGAAGUAUUGGUAAAGUUUGCCGAUGAAAAAGAGGCAUCCAAAGCUGAAAAACAAAAUAAGCAAACAUAUCUAGGGAUUAAAAUCCUCUUGAGCAGAAUUACCGAGGAACAAAUGAAGUCGUUACAGACGGUUAAUCAAGCGGAUGACGACAUAGUCACCGAAGCAGAUGAUCCUGAUUUCACUUCAGAUGCAUUACCCAAUUUGGUUACCGUUGCGGAUGCACCACCGGAGCAAACCAAUGGCGAGUCCCCGGCGCCAGACUCCAAUGAAGUAGAUAUUCCCUCUGAAUCGGAAACUGUGCCACCUUCGGAUAAAGAACCGGAAGCCACACCAGUAUCCGAUUCCGUACAGGAAGACCCUAUGGUUCAGAGCGAACUUCCAGAGGAAAAUCUAGAUGAUGCAAAUGGUUGCGUUGAGGAAAUGCCCUGCGAGGCCGAAGCCACAAAGAAAAGUGAAGUAACACUACUGUUUGUUAGGAACUUGCCCUCUUCGGUCACUGCUGCCGAGGUUUUAGACUUUUUCCAUGACUACAAAGUGAGCUCUGUGAAUCUGAAAAAUAUUGAAAGAGGCAUCGCCUCAGUUCGCUUGCCAAGUUACGCAGAAGCCGAAUCUGCCAUAAAUACCCUUAACAAGAAAGAAGUGGGCCUUAAGCAGGUGUUCCUCAGUUUAAUUUGAGUUCUGGUGCAGUUUCUUUGGUAAGUCUUUGCCUUUGGUAAUUGCCUAUUUUCCAACAUUAGGGGUUGUAUCCGAUUCCAGUUUUGUUAAUAUUGGAUAAAAAUUUAAUUAAAUUUUUUGUUCUGUGACAAAUCCUGGAAUUUGUACAAAGUGAAAUAAGCAAGGAGUUUUUUUUUAAGCGCAGUUUAUUGUAGAUUAGCCUAUAGCACAUGUUGAGUAUCAGUUAUGAAAAUUGAUUUUUCUAAUGUCAUGUUGGUAGGACUUCACCAAAUUUUCUCUGUUGGAAUUAAAAUUGCUUUAAUGAUCACAUAUGAGGGGCAGGAUGUAAGCUAAUUCUUAAGUUGUAUUUUCCAUAGCUUGCAUUUUGAGGAAUAGUUAGUUGGAAGCAGACGAACUAUGGACAUCACCCCACAGAUGUUAUGUGUACAUAGGAUUAUUAGUCAGCAGCUGAUGCCUCGUGAAAAUGCGAUGUUUGCUUUGUAUAAAUAAAUGUGAAAGUUGGAACUUAAUUAUGUUAGAAAGUGGAAAAUUCUUGCUAAAAGGGAACAACUUAACCCUUAUCCACAGGAUAGGGGAUGUCGGGCAGGGAUCUGACUGCUGGGCCCUGAUGCCUUUUCAGAGAAUCUCUCCUGAUCCUGUUCUGCUCAAGCAUAUGUAGUGAAUGGGGAGGGAAGAAAGCCAGAGGCCAGACACUUCUGCCAAUGGGUUAUCUCCUGAAAGUCACAAUAGACCCAGUCAUCAGGGGGCCACGUGCACAUUAAAUGGUUUAGAAAGCAUAGAUGUAAUGUUUAUCGCUAUUUUGAAGAUGGUCAGGUAAUCCAGCCAAAAUCUGAUCUAAUGCUUAUGACUAGCUUUACGUUGGCCUAGCCCAGGGAUGGGCAAACUCGGCCCUCCAGCUGUUUUAAAACUACAAAUCCCAUCAUGCCCUGCUGUAGGCAAACUGGGAAUGAUGGGAUUUGUAGUUUUACAACAGCUGGAGGGCAGAGUUUGCCCAUCCCUGGACUAUCCAAAUCUUAGCCUGAUCUAUGAGCCAGCAAUCAUGAGCUGUAGAUCUGUAUCCACAUAAUGACAUACUUGUUAGAGUGGAGUUCUACUAUGUCAACCCCCCCCCCCUUUCUCUCUAGUAAAAAUGGUUCCCCUAUCACUACAUCACAGCAGCCUGCUCCCACCACCACUUUCACAGUAGUCAAGUGCUGUUAAGGGUGGGUUCACGUCACGUUUAUCAUCUACGUUUAGCGUGUACAUCAUGGAACCUCCUGUGGUUAUAUGUCUGACGGAAGGCUCAUAAGGCGACGUGAACCUACCCUAAAAAUGCAGAAUUCUAAAGUUUAUGUCCAAAAUAAGUAUUUGUUAUUCAUGGGAUCCUUAAAGAGUACCUCUAAUUAUAAACAACUUUUAAAAGAUGAAUAGUGCAUGUGAAUAUAAGAAACUUUAUAAUACAUCUUAAAAAAAAAAGAAAUGUCCUCUAUUUACUUUUAUCAUUUUGCUUUGCUUUUUCCCCUGCUUUUAACAUUGAAUUCUACGGUGGAGGUGAAGGAGGCUUCUGGAUGAGAGAGACACAAACUGCAGUUUCUUAGCUCUAUGACACCUAGAACUUUUUGUUCUGAUAUCUAGUAAGAUAAGCAUCUAACAGUGUGAGGUGAUAAAUCACUUACUAGCUGGCAGCCGCCUCCUCUCUCCAUACACUUGUGUGUGGCUGAAAACAGAUGGGAGCUAAUAGAGAUAAGAGGGUGAGGGCAUGGAAAGAGGGCAGCAGUCUGAGAAACCCAGAAGAAAGAAUGAUUCUUUAGGCUAGUUUCACAACUCUGGUGUGAACCUCCAGCACACUCUUCCAGCAGACAAACUGAGAAUUGUCUGGACACAAACCGCAGCAUGCAACAGUUUGUGUCUGGCCGACUCUCCACUUGUCUGCCAGAACAGCGUACGGAUCUCCGCCGGACCCCAGUAAACUCCGGGAAGCUUUUCUCUGCCGGACCAGCCUGCCGGAAUUCACACAGGUAGUGUUAUGGUAGCCUUAAUGAGAUAUAUUACAAAGUUUUAUAUUCACCUGUACUAGUUCAUUUAUGAAAACUGGAGGCAUGCGUUAAUCUUUCUGAGUGGUAUUCUUACGUUACAUUUCUGGCAUACCCAUAGGCUAGAAUUUUAAGAUGAAAGAUUUAUUUCUCUUUUGGCUCUAAU